AUGUGAUACAGUUAUAUGGGAAAACCAUAUGAUCAAAGUAAAAGAGAGAGAGAUAGUGUCCCUGUGUCACUCAUCAUCGAGGUUUUAACGUGUUAUCAUUGAUCAAACAAGUUAAUUGUCUCAUUGCUUCCUCGACACGUAAAACGGUAAAAUUUAAGACUGUAGUUUAUCAAGACAUAUGUAAGUUUGAUGGUUUGAAAUAUCCUAUUUCUACGUAUCGAGAAUGGCAGGCUCGACAACUUUGAUCGUGCUCCUGGUGAUUGGAUGUUUCAUUUCCCUCAUAGGAGUGGCUCUCAUACCAGUAGCCAACAAAGUUAUAGAUGACAUGGUGGUUGAUCAAAUAGUAUUAAAGAAUGGAUCUACAGGCUAUGAAAAUUGGAUAGAUGCACCAGUUCCUGUAUAUAUUCAGUUCUGGGUGUGGGAUUGCAUUAAUUCAUUAGAAGUUAUGAAAGGAGAGAAACCAUAUUUUGUUCAAAAGGGACCUUAUUCUUAUAGAGAAUACUGGCCAAAGGAAAACAUAACAUUUUAUGAUAAUCAUACGAUUUCUUACACGGCACCAAAGACGUACGUAUUUGAACCAUCCAUGUCCGUAGGAGAUCCGCUAGAGGACAAAUUCACAACGCUCAACGUUCCACUGAUGACUAUUGUGAACCUUCUCCAGUAUGAGAGUGGUCCAAUAAAUGGGAUUCUGGCACUGAUAAUGGAAAUUAUAGGCUAUGAUACAUUUCUUACGCUAUCAGUACAUGAUAUCCUGUGGGGCUACGAAGAUCCUUUGCUGAAAUUAGCUCACGAACUUAAUUUAAUGCCGUCUUCUUAUUUUGGUUUUUAUGCUGGGAAAAAUAACACAGAUGAUGGAGAGUAUGUUAUAUAUUCAGGCGAAGAUGAAGUGAAAAAAGUUAACAAAAUUGUAUCUUAUAAAGGGCAGCGAUCCUUGGACUUCUGGUCCGACAAAUAUGCAAAUAUGCUCAACGGCACAGAUGGGAGUCUUAAUCCACCUUUUUUGAAAAAGGAUCAGAAGUUAUGGCUGUUCUCUUCCGAUAUUUGCAGGUCAGCAUAUUUAAUACUUGAUAAACAAUACAAAUAUAAAAACAUAAAAUUGUAUCGGUAUGUUGUUCCACCGGAGCUGUAUGCAAAUGUGUCUGUAAAUCCCGAUAAUGCUGGGUUCUGUACACCUACUGUGGCUAAUUGUUUACCAGGUGGUUUACUCAAUGGUAGCAAUUGCCAACAAAAUGCACCAGUAGUUUUUUCACUUCCACAUUUCCUGUAUGCUGAUGCAGAUGUUCUAGAAAUGGUUGGAGGAAUGGAACCAAAGAAGGAGGAACAUCAGAUUUUGUUUGAUGCAGAGCCUUUAACUGGUGCCUCUCUAUUUGUUGCAAAAAGGAUUCAAAUCAACAUUUACACAAGACCUUUUCCAGAUAUACCAUUUUUAAAGAACUUUCCCAAGACAUAUUUUCCAAUAAUGUGGUUGAAUGAGAGUGCAUCAGCAACUGACAAAGUGGUGAAAGACUUCAAAGAUAAAGUACAGGUUCCUCAAAAGGCAGCAACUGCUGUUGAGUAUGGUCUGCUGGCAAUUGGACUAAUAUUAGUUAUUACCAUGACAAUGAUACUGGUUAAAAGACGAAAGGUAACUCAGCCAUGCAAAUUGAGCAUUAAUAAAAACGAUGCUGAUGAGACGUCUCCACUGCUGAAAGACCAAACGGCAUAAUGGAACUGUGCAUAUCCUGCGAUCACUCUUAUUGGUGAAAGAAAUUCUUUUGAUAGAAAAUUUUCUUUUUCAAAGAUUAUUUUGGUAAAUGGUAAACACUACAAAAAAUAUAAAUAUAAAGAACAACAAAUUCAGAAAUGGGUGACCCUAAAAUUCAAAAUAACUCAACUUAAUUUGAAAGAGGUGCUGAAAAUUUUAAGAAAUAUUAGAUCUUAAAAUAAAGUAUAAGAACCAAAACAAAAGCACAAUUGUGUUAGAUAUGUAAAUAUAAAAUACAAUAUUGCAAAAGUUUGUCUACAUUUCUAAUUUUGCACUUUCACUAUGACUUCCCAGAAUCAGUUUUUCGAUUAAUUCCUAAUUUUAUUAAAAAAAGAGAUAUUGAAGAAAAAUCUUCUAACUGAAAAGUAUAUAGAAAUUAUUUUAAAAAUACAAAUCCUAAUGUUUACCAACUGAUUUUGGAAUCUCGGAAGCUGUUUGCUUAACACGUCCAUUCACGAAUUAACUUCACUAAUUCCUGUAAAAUGUACACUGUAAUAGAAUAUUUGUAUAUUUUAAUUUUAAAAAACCAAACACUCGAUUUUGAAUUUUAAUAACAAAGAGAUGGUUUUGUCAUAAGUAGUGACAUACUGUAUAUAGUAUGGAUUUAUGAUGAAAAAUCUUGGGCACAUGAGAGUUUUAAUAAUUUCAUCCUACAUUCAACAUUGACAUUAUCCAACCUUGUCAAGUUCACUUUGCAAACAUGUCACAUGCUUUAAGACUAUGGCAGAUGUGUGGUUGAAUGUUAUAUGCAGACUAUAGAUUGGAUGGGUACGUCCUGAAGUAUAUAUAAUGUUCUAUAAUUACACAAUAAUCAGUCUAUAAUCUAAUAUAAUCGGUUUAAUCAGUUUAAUUACUGUAGUAACUAUAAUUUUGAGUGAUUUAAAUAGCAAGUUUUUAUUUAAAGAAAGAAGCAAAAUGAUUUUAUUGUAUUCAGUACAUAUCUAUAAAAGUUACACAAAUCUGUUAUUUGCCAUACAGUAUUUUUGCAACAAGUAUGUGUGAGUACUGUAUGCAUGACAUAAUAGGGAGCUUUCGAUUGUAUGACAACGGUAGGAUUUAGAACGUAAUGAUGUCACUAAAAGUCAUCAGCGCAUGCAAGAACAUUUCUAGGAUGAAAUUUGGUCAAAUCUAUGUAUGCAGAGAACGUAAUGACACCACUAAAAGUCAUCUACUCAUGCAAGAACGUUAAGUUCUCUUUGUGGUUUGGUCAAAGCUACGUAUGCAGAGAAUGUAGGAUGCCCGAUAGGACUGUCACGCAUGAAUUAUUCAGUUCUAUCGUAGUCACACAAAUCGAAAGCUCUUUGAUGUUCAAUGCUAGACGUUUUUAUAGGUAAUAUGUUCAUUAAAAAAGAAGACAUUUUGCUAAGGAGUAUUUUUUUUCAAUUGCCUUUCAAUACCUUUGACUAUAGACUACCUUUAUUACUAUUAGUAUUAGUAUUAGUAUUUAGAUACGCUAUUCAUAGAAAACUAUAUCAUAGCGUUUACAGAGUUACUAUGGUAAAAUUAAUGUGACUCUGAAUAACAAGAAGCAAGCCAUGAUUAACUGAAUGUAGACAUUCCUAAACAUGAAAAAAAAAGUAAAUGUUUUUUUUUAUUUGAUUUUGCAAUAGGUCUGCGAAAAAAUAUAGUAUGCGCUGGAAACAUUAGCCUAUCAAUACUCACUAGGCUAGGCCUAGCCUUACCUCGAUUUAGGUUCUGCUAUGAGACAUAAAAACAGCUAAUAUGAUAUUUUCCAUUGCUAGUAUUGACACUUGUGAAAUAUAAUAUUUUAUUGAAUUAUUUCAAAUUUGUUAAAAUAAUGAUUCCGACCAAGAUUUUGACAAUUAAACAAACAUAUCUCAGCCUACUCAAUCGACCACAGUGUGCAAGGUGUGAACUACAAAAACUGAUCUUAUUAGAGGGGGCACAAUUUAUUGACUGUAUAAAGCAUACACAAAAGCUAGAGCAUUCCAGCGGAUGCAACCUCUUAAUAAUUGCCUAAUAAUGAAGUCAUCAUGAAAAUGGUAAUCUUCUAUGAGAAAUAGUCUAUUUCUAAUUUUUUACCCUUUUGCGUAAAAACUAACAAUUUUUUGCCAAUAUUUUUCCAUGGUUUAUAAUAAUUGGAGUAUGCAUAUGCAUUUUUUCUAAAAAAAAAUCUUUUUUUAGUGAAUUUUUUGCCGGAAGUGGGGCUUUAAGUAAUUGCAUGAUUUGACUAUGAGCUUAUGGCUUUGCUGUCAUAAUUUAUUCAAUAACAAGCGCACAUAAAGUAAGUUGUGUUCACGUAGCACUUAUAGCAAGUUAUCUUGUUUGAAUGUGGACCAUUCAAUUAUCGCAAAAUAAAUCUGAUAACUCGCUUUUGGAUAGCAAUGUAGUCCAAUUGAUUGAACUUAGAGAUUAGCGAGUUUAUAUAAAGGUCACAAAUAAACCAAUAACAUUGAAGCUAUUUUACUUUAAUUAGCACAAUAUUUAGUUGGUAUGUCUUUUUACCUCUUAUUUCCGAGUACUGAACAAUUGUAGCAGUUGUCUAAUAUGCAACUUGCAGUAUAGCAGCAAUUCCAUUCAUUUGUUACACAUUUGUAGCAUUAUAUAUAUGAUAUGAGUAAAAACCUGGAACAUCAUUCAGUCAGUGAAACUGUCUGUGAGACAUAGCUGGCUAUCUAAUCAGAUAACUCAAGAGUAGAUGCAUUUCAGUCUAGUCUAGAGGUUUUAUAUAUGAUUCCUAAUGUAUAUCAGUGUAGUUUUCAAAAAUUUAUUUUGUUAGGAUUAAAGAACAAACAGCUUUCAUGCAGUGUAUUAUUUUUUUUAUUUUUACAAAUUGUAAAUAAAUGGAUACAUUAUUAAUGGUAUAAAAGUUACAUAUUUUUAGAGAACAAACAUUAAGCGAGAACCUAGUUGAUAAAUAUCAAUGUAAAUUCAGUAUUAAUUUCAACGUUAAUGUUUUCUGUCAAAUAGCUGUGAUUUUCCCAAAUAUAAAUUUAUAUUUCAUUUUGUGAACAUUUUGCAAUCAACAAUUGAAUAUUUGUAUUUUCUUAAUGGUUGUGUUUUCCCCCAUUGUGUAUUAGUUGUAAGAUUUUUGCAGCCUAAGAAAAGGUAAUUGUUUUUAUGAUGUACAGCUAGUAAAUUACGAAUGAAAAUGUGAUUUAAA